UCAUCGCUAUCGCUCUUGUGGUACCUCUUUGUUGUUUACCUUUUGCUCAUUACCGUUUUGGACGCCAACGCGAAAAUAUACAAAUUAUGAGUGCUGAAAUAUCCGGCUUCCGACGGUUCCUUCACUGGGGGCCAAUUACAGCCCUGAGUAUCAUCAAAUGCAUAACGCUGACGACGCUCUAUAUGAACUCGAUGUGGUGGCCGCCGAAUGAAUCAUUCGCCGGUUUCGCCCACCAGGCGCUGUUCCUGCUCCUCUCCACGCUGGCCACAUUCAAUUACGUCAUGGCCACGUUGACAGGACCCGGACUGAUGCCAAAACAGUGGCAGCCGAAGGAUCCCAAGGACGCUCAGUUCCUGCAGUACUGCAAGAAGUGCGAUGGGUAUAAGGCACCCCGCUCCCAUCAUUGUCGCAAGUGUGAUCGCUGCGUCAAGAAGAUGGACCACCACUGCCCGUGGAUCAAUCACUGCGUUGGCUGGGCCAACCACGCAUAUUUCACCUACUUCCUGCUGUUCUCCAUCCUGGGCAGCCUGCAGGGAACGGUGGUAUUGUGCUGCUCCUUCUGGCGCGGCAUCUACCGCUACUAUUAUCUCACUCACGGACUGGCGCACCUGGCCAGUGUCCAAUUCACGCUGGCAAGCAUAAUCAUGUGCAUCCUGGGCAUGGGCUUGGCCAUUGGAGUCGUCAUUGGGCUGAGCAUGCUGCUAGUCAUCCAGCUAAAGACGAUUGUCACCAACCAGACGGGCAUAGAAAUCUGGAUAGUGGAGAAGGCCAUUUACCGACGAUACAGGAAUGCCGACAGCGAUUAUGAGUUCCUCUACCCGUACGAUUUGGGUUGGCGCCAAAAUCUGCGACUGGUAUUCAACGACGAGUGCCAAAAGCAAGGUGAUGGCAUCGAGUGGCCCGUGGUGGAGGGUUGCGAUCAGUACACAUUAACGCGGGAGCAACUGGCACAGAAAGAGGAGAAGCGGGCUCGAACCCGCACUUUCAGGUGCACUAGACCCGUAACGGGCCGCUGGCUGCCGAUAUUCUCGCAGGGAUGGCGGGUUUGCCUGGCCGCUCCCUGUUCCGAUGAACCGCGAAUCCGCCUGCGAACCGACGACAUUGUUAGGGUCACCCGCUUCCGCAACCACUGGCUGUUUGGCGAGCGUGUGCCCUCCGAACAGGAACUGAGUGGCGACAAGAAGCUACAGCGCAAAGGUCACAUCCGCGGCUGGUUUCCACGACGCAGUGCAGUCGAAGUAAUCGAGGCAGUGCAAGAGUGCAGUGGCGACAGCAACCAGGGGUCGCCUCCAACACAGAAUGGCAACGCUCACAGCCAUCUAAAACAGCAGCAACGAAACGGACACGCCAAAAAGUACAUGUAGCCCGGUAAACGGGCAAAGAUCAUCUCACGGCAUUCCAUGCCACUUCCUCCGGCUUGUAAAUAGAAUUAGAUACCGCUUGGAGACUUGACUCUAUCACGCUUAACCAGGCCGCUGUCUCGUUUACUCUGUUAACACUGUCGACCAAUAAAAAAGUACGCUAAAGUUGA